AUGGGAUCGGAAGCUUCGGUCGGCAUGCCAUAUACGGGGCAAGGAGUAUGUAUACGGGAGUAUGGAGGAGGGGAAAGGAAAGGGGGUUUGGAAUACGGUAUGAGCGGGUUCGCUGGGGGUUGUACGGAGUACCGUUUCUCCCUCCAUGAACCACGGGAAGAUGGAAGACAGCCCACGGGACAGAGGCAAGAGGGACCUCCCGAUAUCUGGGUCGGCGCAUCAGCGAUCUUCGUCCAUGGCUGGAAAUGGAGAGCAGAGAGACAAGGGAGAGGCCUUCUGGAAAAGUUCGACUAG